AUGGAGAAACAUGGGGAGCUCUCGCAGCACGAGAGCAUUCUACAAAAGUCGACAAGAGGGGUCACUUUCCUCAUAUUCGGCCAAUUGUUCAGCAAGGUCGUAACGUUUCUCUUAAACACGUUGCUAGUACGUUACUUAUCGCCAAAAGUAUUCGGAAUCAACGCGUUUCUUGAGUUUCUGCUAUCCACGGUCCUGUUUUUCAGUAGAGAAGCCAUCAGAAUGUCUACUUUGAGGAUAAAGACGCCAGAGUAUUCAUUUUUGCCGCAAGAGGAUGAAACAGAGAUAGACAACUCCGAUAGGUUGGUUCUUCAGACGGCAAUCAAUUUUGCAUACAUUCCUGUGUUGAUUGGGGUGCCUUUGUCACUUGUACUGAUUGGGUGGCAAUACAGCAAUCUAAAUGAGUAUUUCGUGUCACUGCCGUACUUCAAGCUGUCAAUCGCAGUGAUAUGGAUGAGUAUACUCUUCGAGCUUUUUAGCGAGCCUUUCUUCAUAGUCAAUCAGUUCAUGCUGAACUAUAAAGUCAGAAGUCAGUUUGAAAGUGUCGCCGUUGUUGCUGCUUGUGUCGCUAAUUUUGCCAUAGUGUACAUUUACGAAAACAAAGUUAAUGGAACAGGUGCGGCAUUACAUGACGUUACCAAACAAGAAGGUAUUGCGAUCUUGGCAUUUGCAGUGAGCAAACUUGCACAUUCUGUUGCCCUUCUGUGCUGCUACUAUUACGACUAUUUGACUCGCCUCGGAAAAGAAAAUAGUUUUAACAUAUGGCCUACACAGAUACAAGUCUCUGGCCGCACGCAGCCCUAUUAUUUUCAGAGCGACAUCUUUCAACACUUCAGAAAAGUCUACCUACAGUUGUGUUUUAAACAUUUACUCACGGAAGGUGACAAACUAAUCAUAAACUCGAUGUGCUCUGUUGAAGAGCAAGGAAUUUACUCCCUUUUAUCAAAUUACGGCUCUUUGCUCACAAGGCUAGUAUUUGCUCCCAUCGAAGAAUCUCUCAGACUGUUUUUAGCUCGACUUCUAUCGGUCACAUCAUCCAAGAAUGUAAAGCUUUCCAUGGAAGUGCUAGUCAACUUGACAAAGUUCUAUCUCUACCUUUCGCUUCUCAUUGUAAUUUUCGGACCCGUUAACUCUCCCUUUUUACUCCAAUUUCUAAUUGGGAGCAAAUGGUCGAGCACCACAGUCUUGGAAACAAUACGCAUUUACUGUCUUUAUCUUCCCUUCCUUUCAGUCAACGGUAUCUUUGAAGCCUUUUUCCAAAGUGUGGCAUCUGGUGAGCACAUUCUUAGACAUUCCUACUUCAUGAUGGCCUUUUCUUGUGUAUUUUUGUUCUCAUGCUGGCUCCUCAUCGGACGAUACAAAAUGUCUUUAGAGGGUCUCAUUUUGAGUAACAUUAUAAACAUGAUAUUGAGAAUAUCAUUCUGCGGAUGGUUCAUUGGAAAUUUUUAUAAGAAUCUCUAUUCCGACAUGCAGGCUCAAGACAGCUCCUUUUUGCUCAACUUCCGCAAUUUUAAAGUCGUUUCUAUUGUUUCCGUUGUCAUUGCCGUUUCAAACCUUUUUCUGGUGGGCAUUGUCAAAACCUUUAAGCAGUUCUUUAUCAACGUCGCAAUGGCUUUAGCACUACUAGCACUGAUCAUUUACAAAGAAAAAGGUGUCUUGGGAGCGUAUAUGAGACAAAAUAAGAACGACGCUAAAGAUAUAUAA